AUGCAUCCUGUUCGGAGGGGAAGGUUAGUAGUUGAAGAUGAAAUAAGCAAGAAGUAUAAUGAUCUGUUGUAUCGGAUAUACCUGGAAGAAGAAAAUAAAGAUUCUUAUAUCCAACCAUCUUCCGAUCAUCGAAACUGCAUUGGGCAUGAAUUAACAAAAGCUGGUGAUUAUGAAGCAGCUAUUUUAUAUUGGAAUGAAAUAAGAGAGUUUAAAGAGCAAAUGUUACCAAUUAAAAUUAUUGAUAUAAUACAUUCACCAAAAUCACCAUUCAUUCAAAUAUAUAACGAAACAAAAUUAUUAAAGAAGAGUUUAUCAAAAUAUAUUUUAUCGAUUGUAGCUAGUUGUCAAAAAUGUGCCAGUUAUAGUUCAAACUAUGGUGAUUAUUACGUUAAAUUGGCUAAUGAAGAUGAAGAUGAUCAAACGUUCUUGGAGUAUCGACGUGAAGCUACUGAAUGUUAUAAAAAUGCCAAAAAGUAUUAUGAGUGGGAAUUAAAUAUUUUGAUGAAGAAAGAAGAUGAUGAAUGGUCAGAUGAAAACAAGUUGAACAGAUUAAUAGUUAACAGAUUAAUUCAAGAUACUCUUGAAAAAAUUGCCAAUCAUAGAGUAAAACAGGGUGAUACAUUGGCUAAUGAUACAAACAAAGAAGAAGAUAAUCAACAUGCUAUUGAAUAUUAUGAAGAUGCAAAAUUUAACUAUAAUUAUGCAUUAAAUAUUUCAAUGAGAACAGAAGGAGGACGAGAUGAAAUUAUUAAAUUUUACCAUAAUAAAACUGAACAGAUUAAUAAAACAUUAAACGUAUGA